AUUGUCGUUUGUCUGCCUAUUGUUCUCCGCCAUCACGUGGUUGCUCAGGGGAACCCCGUUUUGUUGCAACAAAAAUAAUGUGCUUUCGUUUGGAUUUUGGCUGUAGUCAGAAUUUAAUCGACUAUAAUUAGGCACACAUAAAUGGAUAAGUUCGAGAGAUUACGUCCAGCCGGAUCGUUGGAGAAAUACUCCAUCGUGCGCCUCCCGCUCAAGUUCUAUUUCAAUGUGGCGGUGUCGGCAAACUACACCCUUCCCGAUUUCUUCACUCUGCCCAUAAAGGACUAUGUAUACAAGGCAUGUGAAACAUUGAUCGACCAGCACCCUAUUCUCUCUGCCAUUCCAGACAACGAAGAGUCCAAUGACCCUUGGUUCGUGCGUCUCCCAGAAGUGGACCUAAGCCAGCCGGUGUCGUUCCAGAAGCGCUCUCGUGACUUUCCUGAGGGGGAUGAGUCUGAUUUUGAAUUGUGCGAGUUGCUGCAAGUACAACAUAGCACCGGGUUUACGGCGCCGUUGCCAUACUGGAGGCUAUUUAUCUUGACGGAUGAUGCGAAUCAGCGGCGCUUCACGGCGGUUUACGUGUUCCACCAUGCGCUUGGAGAUGGGACGUCGGGGAAAGCAUUCCAUGAAACGUUUCUGGAUGCGUUACACGCUGCUGCUUCCUUGAACCCGGGAGAAGCCAAGAAGAUUAUCCCAUCGCCGAAGACACCCUUGCUGCCUAACCUGGAAGCAGUCCAUCCAUGUACUUCAACCUUCUCUUUCAUUCUUAAUACUCUGUUCAGGGCCAAAGUAUGGUCCUAUCGCGACCCAGGUCUUUGGACAGGGGCGAAGAUCUUCAUCCCGAUUGACACACAAUUACGCCAAAUUGUCAUCCCAGCGGCUGUGUCUGCAGGAUUUAGGAAGAACUGUCGCCAAAAUAGUGCUAGUGUUACCUCUGGCCUGCAGGCAGCCAUUGCGCGCGCUUUAUUCACCCAUCUACCGGAGAAGUACACCAAAGUUACCCUGACCGGAGCUAUCUCAGCCCGAAGGUGGCUGAAGGAGGGAAUCACAGAUCAAUCGAUGGGUGUCUGGGUUAUGGACUUUGGUGAAUCUUUUGUUCGAAAGCAGGUGAAUAAAUACCCUGACGCCUUCCCAUGGGGCGAUGCGAGAAAAUCCCGCGCAACCAUUGAACGGACCCUGAGUCGCCGAGGUAAGAAUACCGGUGUGGGCUUGCUCAAAUACGUGGACAAUUUUCAGGAAUUCAUGCAGGGUAAGCUAGGCAAGGAUCGAGGUGAGAGCUUUGAAGUGUCAAAUGUCGGAGUCUUGAAUCCCAAGCAGACAGAAGACCCGUCGCGGCCGCAGAUUGGACGAGUGAUGUUCUCCCAGACGCCCAGUGCCUCUAGUGCUGCUCUGGCGGUGUCUUCCAUCACAGGCGGAGAUGGCUUUUUAAUCCUGGGCAUCACAUGGCAGAAAGGCGUUGCAGAGCCGGAGCUGUUUGAUGCUGUUAUCGACACGCUGGUAAAGGAGCUGCACAAUGCUGCCCAAUGAUCCGAAUGUGCCAUGUAUUUGGGAUGCCAUUUUGGCUCCAUGUUAUCUAUAGUGGAUUGUAUAGACCUGCAUAAUGUGUAAUGAAUGAGCUUUAUUGUGAGUGAUGGAUGAUCUCCGCGGCGGAGCGGCCUCCGGAGUCCGGUGAUCGCGCCAAGGCGGUAGGUCUGGUUCCUCGGCAGAAUCGCGGGGAAAGGCCCCUUCCAUCAUUGUUUCCAUCUGUCGAAAUCGAUCCAUCGUCUACAGUUUCUCGCCUGAUUAAGGCAACCGAUAUCAAA